UUCGCUUUCAAAUGACCUUUCUCUUAACUAAUGGUGAUUACUCAGGCGGCUGGCAUGAAGCGACAUGCCAAAGAUAUUGAAAUCACGUAGUGACAGAUAGUGGUCGGACACGGGUCGCUUCAUUUAUUUUUGAAAGAACUUAGCUGUGAACCAAUUAGUUCUUGUGUUAGAACUUUCAGCUUGUUUUACACUGGGUUUUUGGACGAUCUGGUCGAUUCACAUUUGAAGCAGUCUUCUAUGUUGCGGGCAAAACAUAUUUAUUCCUCAUCAAGAUCGCUUAUUGAACGGUUCAGUCUCUGACAAUCAACUGACUUGCCCGCCGGGCCUGACGGAGAGUCUAAUUGUGGAGCUAAAAGAAAGCGACAAAAAUAACCGAAGUUUGAAUUGACAGUGAAGCUACUAAUGGCUACAAGAAUUCUACAAGUUUGUGUUUAUCUGUGGUUCAUGCCUAUAAUAAUGACGUCAACGUUUAGAGGAACAGUCAGGGCUUCAGGAGUCAAACAAAAUGGUCCUGGAAAGCCUCAAAACUGCUCUGCUAUGGCAUUCUCCUCGACGGCAGUUUUGUUGACGUGGCAAACGUUUAGCAAGAGCAACGAAUUGCAGAACAAAAGAGAUUUCUCUAUUCAUUACUGGCCGUUAUAUUCCAAAGAUAAAGUCACCGUGCUUCAAGUUGGAGAAGUGUCUCACAAGUUGAUUGAAAAUCUUGACUUUAUAACGUAUUACGCCUUCAGGAUUGUGGCGACAGAUCACUCAGGAGAGCAGCAUUACUGUGAGGUUUUGGCCAAGACGUUGAGAGAUGCUCGUUUUACUGUUCCCCUGCAAGUAAAACGUCUGAGUGGAGGCGUCGUAGGUUUGAAAAUCAACUGGAAAGCUGUUUCACUAGAGGCCACCCAAGUAAUCUAUAGAGUGUUUAUGGAGAGGAGACCCAAGGGGCGGGUUCAUGUGCGAUUACUCUGUGAAACAAACCAAACGUCUUGCGUGGUUAAAGCAAGGUUGCCGGUUCCACAUCGCAUGUAUGUCAGUGUUGUGUUGGUGAAAGAAGUUCACAAAUCAUUCCAGGCUGGAAAUAUUCGUUCCUACCCUACAGAGCGGGUUUUGAUUACAGAAAUUGGAAAUUUACCGACUAAACCAGCUCAUGUAAACAACAAGACUCACAUCCUGAAAGUUGUAGCCCAUAAGCUUGGCUGGAAUUUUGUUAUACUCUCAUGGAAUGCCAUAACGGCAGCAGGCAGUCACGUGACCUACCGAGUUACAUCCAGGGGAAGCAAUAACAUCAUUGACAAAGUGACGUCAAAUACAUCAGUGCUACUUUCAGGUCUUGAUCAGCUGACCAGGUAUAAAAUCAAAGUACAGGCUCAGGAAAAGAAUGGAGGUUCUUUUCUCGCAUCGGCUGUAGUCGUUUUUCACACUAUGGACAAUAACGAAUGUUUGGAAAUGUCCGAUAUUUGCUCCGAUCACUCUGAAUGUAUAAAUACCAGAGGGAGUUACUUUUGUCGCUGUCUUCCGGGAUGGACUGGUGACGGAAAAACUUGCAAAGAAGAAGCAGUUAACAACGACAACCACACAUAUUGUGACAACCACAACUACUUAAACAUUACGUGGCCAAUGACGUCAAAAGGAAACACAGCGCUAUCACCCUGUCCUGGUGGAGCAAGAGGGAUCGCUAAGAGACACUGUCUAGAAAUGUCUGAUGGAGGUGCAGUGUGGAGCGUUCCUGACCUCAGUGAAUGCCUGUGA